UAGAUUAGUUAAAAUAAUCAGAUGACAAAACUACUGAAAAUUUAUAUAAAGUAAAACUAAAGAUUACAACUUUAGUUUAAAACUAGUUUCAAAAAUGGUUCCUAAGAUGUUGGCUUUGUUUGUGAUUGCGGCGGCUUUGACUCAAGCCCAAGCAGUCACUCAAAUCACACUACCAGAUCAGUACCACACCUUUUUGACCAACCAACUCAUCGGCAAGUCCCUAUCCAUCCCGAAGUCGUUCUUGGACGUCUUGCAGACUUGCCAUGUGAUCUUCCCAAAUGGCCUGGUCUAUGAAGCCUUUCCUAACAACAGGCUACCAGCUGGACCCAUCACAUUCCUCCAUGCUGCCCAACCUUUCACCAGCUGUGCUAUUGGUUUCUUGGGUGCUGACGUCUCCUUGAGUGGAACCUAUGAGCUGAUGUCUUUGGUCAACCAUUCUGCUGACAACAGCCUCAGUUUGACAAGGCAGAGAUUCCAUCUUACCCUGGUUGAAAUCGACCCAUGGAAGGGUGAUGCUUAAAGCAGUGAAGCUUAGUGAAUAUUUCUGUAAUUUUGAUACUGUGAUUAUUAAACGAAGCCAUUUUUUAUUAUAUUUCCAUGUCAAUCAACUUAACACGACACUACGUUUUUAUUCUUACAAUAGUCUUGAUAUCUUCAAUACGCAAUAAUUUACGCUAGUAAAUACAUAAUUUGACAUUCUCAUAAAGACUUUUAUUGAACACAAAAUGCAUAUUUUUUAUAAUUAAUUUCUUAAACUCGGUCAUACAAAUCAAGGUGGAAUUAUUGGGUCACCUGGUUUUAAAUGCAGUAUCGUACAGUAGAAGAGUAGAACGGUGCAUAUCUCUUACACAGCUUAGCUAUUCGUAACACAUCUCUGGUUGAAAAGCUCUCUAAUAGUAAUUAACAGGACACAUUAAUAUCCCUACAACUAAUAAGUAAUAAUUUAACGUAAUUAUGUAUUUACAGUGUUUAUUAUAAUGUGGCGUACAUUUAAUAUUAAUAAUAUUGCCUACAACUGUACAUACAUUAAUAUUUAGUAGCGAUAUUUUACGUUAAGUAGUACGUAAUACUAGUUUAUGAACAGUUUAGAAUGCUUUGGUAGGAAAGAUUCAUAUUAUUAUAAUGUUAUGAAUAAUUCGGUCCUGGUAUUAAAUAAUUUAGCACAUUAUACAUAUCAGAUGUUUUUUUUUUAUAUUUGCUGUAUUGGCCUGGUGUGUUUUGUUAGUCAUUAAAAAUAUGCUACGUUGCUG